AUGAGUGCUACAUACUUGAUCUCAGCCCCCAGUGUGUUGCGUCCUGGAACCCUUACCUCCCUGGCUGUCACCAUCCUCACUAAUGACCCAGUCAGAGUCACAGCAGAGCUGACCAACGGCAACACCAGCCUGGUCCAGGCAGAGGGCACCUUUAGAGGAGGUGACAUUGACUUAUAUGACUCUGUCUGCAAGAACUUUUGAAGAUGUUCAACUUAAACAUUGUUGCUGUUUUUUUUCUCCAAAGGUGUGACUGGAGUUCUAGAUCUUCCUCCAGUGAGUAUUUUUAAAAUCUGUAUUUAUAGUCUAUUGAGGUAAUAUCUGGGCUGGUCAGUGGUGGGUAAAGGACCACUGAUGAUACAAAAAGUAUUCACAUUUGACCAAGCAUGACAUUCAUUUAGGUUAUUACCAAGUUAUUACAGCGUAAUUACACAGAUAUAAGAUCAACUCAAUUACAUAAUAUACUUUUUCUUUUUUAGUUUCCUGAGAGCUCUGUUGACCAGAGGUAUUCCUUUACACUGCUUGUGAGGGGAUACCAAAGAGACCGAAUGGUAUUCAUCAACACAACCACUCUACGCUCCAACCCCAGGACUUUCUCCACCUUCAUCCAGACUGAUAAACACAACUAUAGACCAGGAGACACGGUCAAAAUGAGAGUCCUGUCCGUCCAACCAGAUGGCAAGCCACACAAGGGCCGUGUGUAUGUCUCUAUAAGGGUGGGUCUGAAUCCUCUAUGUGUGAGAACUUCGAAACAAAACCCAGGGUGAUGAAUAGAUUUGCAGCCUGUAUUGUGUUCUAAACAGUUUGACUGACGCCCCUUUGUGCUACCUUCCCUGUAAUCCAGGAUCCCAAAGGGAACCUCAUCCAAGGGUGGGCAUCGCUGGACAGUUACCUGGGUGUUGUGUCCAAAGAAUUCCACUUGUCUCAGACCCCUCACCUUGGCAUAUGGACCAUCGAGACCAUGGUGGAUGUAUGAUUCACCAUACUGUCAUUCUGCAUUGUCAUCAUACUGUAUUCCACCACAAAUACAUUCUGUUUUUCAUAUCAGUGGUGAUGAUCAGAUAUAGUUUCACCCCAUUGACAUUGAUUUCUGUUUCUCUGUAGGAGUUGGCCACAGAGGAGCAGUUCAUAGUGGAUUACUAUGGUAAGACUCUCCUGGCCAGGUUGACAUAGCUAAUGAUUGGAAAUGGCCUAGUUAAGGGUUGGAUAAAGAAAUGAAAGGGGGGCGGGGGUCAUUGAAAUGUUCAUGAUAGUUGACAUAUCAGACUAUUAUCUAUUCAACCUCUCUUUUUGGCUGUUGUUCUAGAGCCGCCCCACUUUGAGGUGCAGGUAAAGACAGACCCAGCGAUUGCCAUGGUGGACGACCUCUCAGGGACUGUGACUGCUCAGUGAGUCAGGCUUAAAAAACAACAACCAACUCAAUAUUUUUGUGUAUCGAUAUUAAAGGUGCUAGAAAAAUGUACUUUCAAUAUGUAAAUCAUUUUGGUUCACAUACAUUAUAUUUCUUUCCAGACACACCAAUGGACAGCCAGUCCAGGGAACGCUGUCUGUCACAGUUACUCUGGUGUCUGCUUUGUACAACUCUGGCCGUCCAACCAUUGUCCAUAAUACAACCAAAGAAGUAAGACUGUCAUACUACGUUUAUGAAGUGAAACUAGUAACAGCAAACCAUUAUAGAUAAAUCCAGUUUGAGCCAGGAUUCAGUCACUGUUUGAUCCAAAAUGGAUAUACAGUGCAUUCGGAAAGUAAAAAAAAUCCUCAUAAAUCUACACACAAUACCCCAUAAUGACAAAGCAAAAACAGGUUUUUAGACAUUUUUGCACAUGUAUAAUAAACAGAUACCUAAUUUACAUAAGUAUUCAGACCCUUUGCGAUGAGAAGACUCGAAAUUGAGCUCAGGUGCAUCCUGUUUCUAUUGAUCAUCCUUGAGAUGUUUCUACAACUUGAUUGGAGUCCACCUGUAGUAAAUUCAAUUGAUUGGACAUUAUUUGGAAAGGCACACACCUGUCUAUAUAAGGUCCCACAGUUGACAGUGCAUAUCAGAGCAAAAACCAAGCCAUGAGGUCGAAGGAAUUGUCCAUAGAGCUCCGAGACAGGAUUGUGUCGAGGCACUGAUCUGGGGAAUGGUACCAAAAAUUGUCUGCAGCAUUGAAGGUCCCCAAGAACACAGUGGCCUCCAUCAUUCUUAAAUGGAAGCAGUUUAGAACCACCAAGACUCUUCCUAGAGCUGGCUGCCUGCCCAAACUGAGCAAUCGGGGGAGAAGGGCCUUGGUCAGGGAGGUGACCAAGAACCCAAUGGUCACUCUGACAGAGCUCCAGAGUUCCUCUGUGGAGAUGGGAGAACCUUCCAGAAGGACAACCAUCUCUGCAGCACUCCACCAAUAAGGCCUUUAUGGUAGAGUGGCCAGACGGAAGCCACUCCUCAGUAAAAGGCACAUGACAGCCCGCUUGGAGUUUGCCAAAAGACACCUAAAGGGCUCUCAGACCAUGAGAAAUGACAUUCUCUGGUCUGAUGAAACCAAGAUUGGGGUGAAUGUUCACCUUCCAACAGGACAACGACCCUAAGCACACAGCCAAGACAACGCAGGAGUGGCUUCGGGACAAGUCUCUGAAUGUCCUUGAGUUGCCCAGCCAGAGCCCGGACUUGAACUCGAUUGAACAUCUCUGGAGAGACCUAAAAAUAGCUGUGCAGUGACGCUCCCCAUCCAACCUGACAGAGCUUUAGAGGAUCUGCAGAGAAGAAUGGGAGAAACUCCCCAAAUCAAUUCAAAUCAAAUACAGGUGUGCCAAGCUUGUAGCGUCAUACCCAAGAAGACUCGAGGCUGUAAUCGUUGCCAAAGGUGCUUCAACAAAGUACUGAGUAAAGGGUCUGAAUAUUUAUGAACAGUGGGGAAAAAAAGAAUUAGUCAGCCACCAAUUGUGCAAGUUCUCUCACUUAAAAAGAUGAGAGAGGCCUGUAAUUUUCAUCAUAGGUACACGUCAACUAUGACAGACAAAUUGAGAGAAAAAAAAUCCAGAAAAUCACAUUGUAGGAUUUUUUAUGAAUUUAUUUGCAAAUUAUGGUGGAAAAUAAGUAUUUGGUCACCUACAAACAAGCAAGAUUUCUGGCUCUCACAGACCUGUAACUUCUUCUAUAAGAGGCUCCUCUGUCCUCCACUCGUUACCUGUAUUAAUGGCACCUGUUUGAACUUGUUAUCAGUAUAAAAGACACCUGUCCACAACCUCAAACAGUCACACUCCAAACUCCACUAUGGCCAAGACCAAAGAGCUGUCAAAGGACACCAGAAACAAAAUGUUAGACCUGCACCAGGCUGGGAAGACUGAAUCUGCAAUAGGUAAGCAGCUUGGUUUGAAGAAAUCAACUGUGGGAGCAAUUAUUAGGAAAUGGAAGACAUACAAGACCACUGAUAAUCUCCCUCGAUCUGGGGCUCCACGCAAGAUCUCACCCCGUGGGGUCAAAAUGAUCACAAGAACGGUGAGCAAAAAUCCCAGAACCACACGGGGGGACCUAGUGAAUGACAUGCAGAGAGCUGGGACCAAAGUAACAAAGCCUACCAUCAGUAACACACUACGCCGCCAGGGACUCAAAUCCUGCAGUGCCAGACGUGUCCCCCUGCUUAAGCCAGUACAUGUCCAGGCCCGUCUGAAGUUUGCUAGAGUGCAUUUGGAUGAUCCAGAAGAGGAUUGGGAGAAUGUCAUAUGGUCAGAUGAAACCAAAAUUGAACUUUUUGGUAAAAACUCAACUCGUCGUGUUUGGAGGACAAAGAAUGCUGAGUUGCAUCCAAAGAACACCAUACCUACUGUGAAGCAUGGGGGUGGAAACAUCAUGCUUUGGGGCUGUUUUUCUGCAAAGGGACCAGGACGACUGAUCCGUGUAAAGGAAAGAAUGAAUGGGGCCAUGUAUUGUGAGAUUUUGAGUGAAAACCUCCUUCCAUCAGCAAGGGCAUUGAAGAUGAAACGUGGCUGGGUCUUUCAGCAUGACAAUGAUCCCAAACACACCGCCCGGGCAACGAAGGAGUGGCUUCGUAAGAAGCAUUUCAAGGUCCUGGAGUGGCCUAGCCAGUCUCCAGAUCUCAACCCCAUAGAAAAUCUUUGGAGGGAGUUGAAAGUCCGUGUUGCCCAGCGACAGCCCCAAAACAUCACUGCUCUAGAGGAGAUCUGCAUGGAGGAAUGGGCCAAAAUACCGGCAACAGUGUGUGAAAACCUUGUGAAGACUUACAGAAAAGGUUUGACCUGUGUCAUUGCCAACAAAGGGUAUAUAACAAAGUAUGAAAAUGUCAUUUGUUAUUGACCAAAUACUUAUUUUCCACCAUAAUUUGCAAAUAAAUUCAUUAAAAAUCCUACAAUGUGAUUUUCUGGAAAAUGUUUUCUCAUUUUGUCUGUCAUAGUUGACGUGUACCUAUGAUGAAAAUUACAGGCCUCUCUCAUCUUUUUAAGUGGGAGAACUUGCACAAUUGGUUGCUGACUAAAUACUUGUUUUCCCCACUGUAUAUGUAAUAUUAAAGUUUAUUAUUUAAUUUUUUGCAAAAAUUAUGGGGUAUUGUGUGUAGAUUGAUGAGGGGGGAAAAAAACUAUUUUAUCCAUUUCAGAAUAAGGCUGUAACGUAACAAAAUGUGGAAAAAGUCAAGGGGUCUUAAUACUUUCUGAAUGCACUGUAUGUUACAGGUGUACCUGUCUGACAAUGGUGCCAGAAUCUCAUACACACUAUCUCACCAUCUCUUUCAGAUUCAUGGGUCGACCCAGUUUCUUUUCAGCCAAGAUGAUCCUCCUGUACGCCAGCGCAGGUCAACAGAUCUGAGUAACUCUCAGCACCACACUGAUGGAAGCCUUUAUAUUACAGCUUGUGUUACAGAGAUGUCCACAGGUGAGGUACCGAUGUAUGAUCUUAUUUUGAUCACCCUGUGGCAGGAGAACCUUCCUACAAUGCAGGAAAUAAAAAAGUGUAGUGUAUUUGAGGUUUAAAAAGGCUUCUGAAGUUUAAUUUCCACUUUGAAUUUUCCCUUACGAAAAAUGUAUCAACCCCUACAAACAUUUCCAUUAAUUAUAAUCCACAUAAUAAUUCACAUUUCCUGUUGCUGCAGGAUCAUUUUCCUGAUGUAGCAAACUGGCUUGAAUUAAGAUCCUCCAUCUGUAUAUCACAUGUUUUGAGAAAAUUGCUAAACUUGAAGUAACAGUUUGACACAUAUUUAAAUUAAUUUAAUAUAGCUGGAAUGUUCACAGAUACAGGUAACUGCCAACAUAAAGGAAACAUUUUAGUAAAUGAGGGAUACAAAGUAUAUUGAAAGCAGGUGCUUCCACACAGGUGUGUUCUUGAGCAAUUCCUAAGCAACUAACAUCCCAUCAUGCUUAGGGUCAUAAAAAAAAAAUGCUGGGCAGGCCCAGUUGCCUAUUAUUUUGGCUAUUGGAUGAUAAUGCCCCCAUUCACAGUGUAAACCAUAUGCCAUGGCCGUCUGUCACCAGAUCUCAACCCAAUUAAGCACUUAUAGGGAGAUUCUGAAGCAGCGCCGGAAACAGCGUAUUCCACGACACCAGCAACAAAACACCAAAUUAUUGAUUUUCUCGUGGAAGAAUGGUGUCGUAUCCCUAUAAUAGAGUUCCAGGCAUUUGUAGAAUCUAUGCCAAGGCGCAUUGAAGCUGUUCUGGAUUGUGGUGGCUCAACGCCCUUUUAAGACACUUUAUGUCGGUGUUUCCUUUAUUUUGGUAGUUAUCUGUAUUUCCUUGUCUUUUAUCCUAAAGGACUCAAAACCAAUAAGACCGUGGUGGUGCACAUUAUGGAGAAUACAUACCACCUUGAAUUCUACAAUUUCCCACAUGUUCUGAAGCCAUCUUUAAACUUUUCAACACAUGUGAGUGGUAAAUAUUUAUUGGCUUGGAGUAAUACAUACCUCUACCUUUGGUACCACUAGUUCACUGUUUUAAUGAUGCUAUAUGAAUCACAGACUACACCUUCCUGUAUCCCUCAGCUGAAAAUAUCCAGGUAUGACAACGAGCCUCUGACUCCAGAGGAUCGGGUGAACUCUGUGUUCAUUGACAUCGCUCACAGAACAUCUAAGCCCAUCAGACAGGACCAGGGAGAAACCUUCAACUCCGAUUCUCCACAAGACAAGAUGGAGGACAUAGAAAGCUAUAGACGCUUGACUCUCCCAAUGCCUGAGGAUGGGAUCGUACACAUUGAGUUCCAGUUACACAAACAAGUAGAGAUGCUUUUCAUCCAGGUGAAUAGUCACUUUUCAAUGAGCUACUCUCUAUACCACAGGAAUCUCCCAAUACACAACAAAACUCACUUUCAGCAAUUCAGCUGAAUGGAUAUUAAUCAAGACUCAGUUGUCAAGUGAGGGUAAGCAGUUAAGCUAUACAAUAAAUACACAACAGAAGGUAUACUUGACCUAGUAAGAGAACCACAGAUAUUAAUCUCAAUAGUAUAGGUCAUGGCUCUCCAACCCUGUUCCUGGAGAGCUACCGUCCUGUAGGUUUUCACUCCAACCCUAAUCUAGCGCACCUGAUUCUAAUAAUUAGCUGGUUGAUAAGCUAAAUCAGGUUAGUUACAACUGGGGUUGGAGCAAAAACCUACAGGAGGGUAGCUCUCCAGGAACAGGGUUGGACAGCCCUGCUGUAGCUCAAGAUUGAUCUAAUCCAACACAAUCCCAUGUCACCAUUCUAUGAUGAUUGAAUGAACAUGUGCACCACAAGAGCUAUAAUCUCAGCACCCAGAACCGAGAAUAUUGUGUGUGCACCUUUUCUGUCACGUGACACUAGAAGAUGAGGUUGGGCCUUUGUUCUCUGCAGGCCAUGUUCAUGGGCAGUGAGGACAGCCUGGAGCUGUACCAUAGUAACCGCUCCUCUCCCAGUGGAUCAGACAUCCAGAUCCAACGCCUCCACUCUCCACCACAGGUGACAUAUCAGCAUCCAUUCUAUAUCACCAAACUCAACUCUGGACCUUGAAGCCAGUUCCACUGCGUUUUUUCAUUGUUGCUCUCUAAUAAGGGAUUGAUUUAGACCUGGGACACCAGGUGGGUGCAAUUAAUUAUCAGGUAGAACAGAAAACCAGCAAGCUCCGGACCUCGUAGGGUAAGAGUUGAGUACCCGACUAUGGUAUACAGUUGAUGAAAAUAAUAUUUUUUUGCAUUUUAUGUUCAAGAUUGGAGAACCUCUUCCUAUAUCUGUAGAGAGCACUUUCGAACUCACUGAGCUUCACUAUCUGGUAGGUAUUUCUCUUGGUUUGUGAGAUUGUAGAGAAGUGUAGUGAUUCCUCAGUGCUCUUUGGGUUGACCUCUGCUCUGACCUCUUGUGUCAUUGGCUUCCAGGUGACAUCCAGGGGUCAAGUGGUGGCUGCUGGGACAGCGACCUCUCCCUCCUUCUCUCUGACCCCUGCAGUAUCCUGGUCACCAGAGGCCUGCAUCACUGUGUACUGUGUCCUACCAGAUGGAGAGAUCAUCAAUGAUGCCAUGCAUGUCUUCAUCAAGCCCCAUGGAGUCCUACAAAACAAAGUGGCUAACUCUUAUUCACUAGAUAAAUCAGUGUGAACCUUACUGAUGAUGCUACAGAGCCUCUAUGGUGAUUUUAACAACUCUGUUAGAAGCCAAAGUAUUUACUGUAUUUGUUGUACAGAUUAGGUAUGGCAUCUUUAACUUGCUUAUACUGUAUGGACAUGUUUCUCCAGGUAUAUCUGAGCUGGAGCCAUGAGAAGGCGAUGCCAGGUGAAGAGGUGUCCCUCUCUGUCCUUGUGCUUGAACCUGGCUCUCUUGUUGGAAUCAUGGUGGUGGCCAUGGAGGACAAGGACUCUGACUCUGACGGUGACAUCACAGAGGAGAAGGUAAGGAACACAACAAUACUGAACUGUACUGGACAUCUAGAUAAUCCCUGCCUACUGUAAACAAUCUGUGAAAUUGAGACUUCUGUGAAGCAUUGAACAGUUCAAUCAGACAUAAAGGAGGUUUCAGAUAAUGUCAGCCAUAGUUUUAUUUAUCUUUGUGGGCUUUCCCUUUGAUUACAAUAGUUGUAAUCAUAAUGAUCUCUUCAAGUGGUUCAUCUCAAAAAAUCUUAUUGAGCCUGGAAUAACCCUUAAGUAGUUCAUCUUGUGAUUGUAACAGUUUUGGGGGCAUCAGCUCAGCAGUCAGGCUCUGUAUCAAUGGAAAGGUGGUGAACUUCAGUCUCCCCCAGAACUGGCCCAACUGGCUGUAAUGUAGCUAGUUGUAUUGUUGUGGAAUGAUGUUGUUUCUAAGAGGUAGUGGCAACUCUAGUGUUGUGCUGUUCUCAGGUGCUGGGGGAGAUUACUGAAUACCUUAAGGAGGAGAUAACCCUUCACCACAGUGGAAUAACUGGAGGGAAAGACAGCCCGCUCUCCGUUUUCAUGGUACUGACGCCGCACAUUGUGUCUUGCUGAGUAAACCACACUGAGCCUGGAAUAACCCCAAGCCUCACCUCACUGAAUACCUGGGUUGAUUUACAAUGUCAUGUUACAUCAUGACCUACCUGACCCACUUCUUCAUAGAUGAUAGUUGACAAUGAUGGAGGCGCCUGUUGUCAUACUGUAUAAUUUUGGCUUUGGUACAAGUGUUGUAUUACUAUUGUGUUAAUAUUUACUUUUGAACACACUGCAGAUGAAAUUCCAUAUAAAGUAUGUAAAACACAAACUGUUUGUACACAUAGGCCUAAUAGUGUUUUCGUGUACAAUGUUGUCAUAAACAUUUGCUUUUCAAAUCUUAGGCUUGCAACCUUGUGGUAUUAACAGAUACCAGUUUACAUAAAACAGAAGAUUCUGAGAAGACUGAAAUGGGUAUGAAAACAAUUACACACCCCACAAUGUUUGGAAAAAUUUACAUUGAACAAAACGCAUAAACAAACACACAAUGUGAGAUCUUCUUUCUGUGAUCUGGAUGGAGGAUGAAGUCAGGGGUCCCUCUUGUGGAGAUGUGGCGUACUACAUAAAGAAAAUACUUCAUCUAAAUUCACAGUGGUACAGGCUACGUGACAGAGGCUUACAUACUUCUGAUUACCUAUGUUGUAUAUCCAUCAGAUCAUAAGGAGGCGGAGGCACUGAUGAGAGAGGAGCAGCCAGAGUGGAGGCCCUCCAUGGAACAGGACUUCUCUAAGACCUGGCUGUGGCUGGACAUGAACAUCAGGUGAGCUUUAAGAGAAGCACCUAACCAAGGCGGGAAUACACUUGAGGAUACAGUCUACAUUCACCACUAUUGAAAACAUCAGGGUUAUUGGGAGGGAAUGUUUCAAUACUUUAUUUCUUCCUGUAUCAGUGAGUCAACAACAACUAGUCUCCGUGUGGUUGUCCCAGAUAGCAUCACCUCCUGGAGAGCUAUGGCGUUUGUUAUGUCAGAUAACCUGGGCUUGGGCCUCACCUUUAAACCACAGAAGGUAUGUUAAGACCUAUCCACUACCACCACAGUUACCUAGUCUGGGCAGCUAACUAGUAGUUUAUUAAGAUUAAUAUUACUUUUUUAAGGUCCAAUCGAAAUUCGCUUUUAACCCCGCUUUUAACCCAAAGACACACAUACAUACAUAUAUUUACAGGUUUUGGAGAGGUGCAGGGGGCUGCCCCUCGGGGUGCCCGGGGAGCUGUUGUUGUAGCACAAUGGCAGGCAAAGGCAUCUAGGAUUUGAUACCAGCAACCCUCCGGUUGCCAGAUCAGUUCCGGACAGAUUUUUUAUGCCGGACUAGGGAUUCGAACUGGCAACCCUCCGGUUGCUGGCUCGCCUCUCUAACCGAUAGACUACAUGUAUGGCUCUGUGACAUAAAUUAAUGGUUGAUGAAGAUGGUAUGUUUCAUUUAAUGUCAGUGCAAUAUUCAGAUAUUCUAGAAUUCAAUUUUUUAGGAUAGUCUGAGUAUUGGUUGUCUCCCACAGCUGACAGUGUCCAAGGACUUCUCCCUGUCUCUGGAUCUCCCAGAAUGCAUCACCAGAGGAGAGCAGCUUGUCCUCGAGGUCAACCUCUUCAACCAUCUAGAAGAGGACAUGGAGGUUAGUGUUCUUGGCUGAAGGGGCCAGGAGGUUUUACCUCUCCUCAUAUGUUUAUGGUCUUAAGUCUCACCAUGUAUGGUGAUUUCUUCAAAGAACAGUUUAUGUGACACUAACAGUGAACCAAAAACCAAGUUCUUAAACAAUGUUGUGAAAACGUCUUAGAAAUCAUUACCUUCCCAUUCUCUUUGUAUCUACCACAUCAAACAGCUUCCUGGAUGUAAGUGAUCCAUCCUCAAUUGUUUUCCCAUUCCUGUUGUUCUCCACAGGUCAUUGUGGUGGUUGCUGAGAGCCAGCGCUUUGAGUUUGUUCUGGCAGAUAGAGACCUUGUUUCUAUGGUGAACGCACGUAGAGUGACUGUGGGGAGCCAGGGCGGCGCCACCGCUCUCUUUCCCAUCAGGCCUCUGGUUUUUGGAGAGAUAACAAUGUCUGUGAAAGCAAUGACUGGACAGGCCACGGAGAAGAUUGUUCGUAAAGUGCUUGUGAAGGUACAACGUGGCUGAAUAACUUAGUUUUCUAAGUUAUAAAAUGGAUUCUUGGUGCCUGUAAAAAUAUUAACUGUGUCUGUCUCUGUCUUUUGAUGCACCCCUUUCAGUACCCCUCUCUCCUCAGAACACCCCAGUAAAUCACUCAUUUAACACUACACUGAGUAUAAAAAACAUUAAGAACACCUGCUCUUUCCAUGACAUAGACUGACCAGGUGAGUCCAGGUGAAAGCUAUGAUCCCUUAUUGAUGUAAUUUGUUAAAUCCACUUCAAUCAGUGUAGAUGAAGUGGAGGAGACAGGUUAAAGAAGGAUUUUGAAGCCUUGAGACAAUUGAGACAUGGAUUGUGUAUGUGUGCCAUUCAGAGGGUGAAUGGGCAAGUCAAAAAAAAGUGCCUUUGAACAGGGUAUGGUAGUAGGUGCCAGGCACACCAGUUUGUGUCAAGAACUGCAACACUGCUGAGUUUUUCACGCUCAACAGUUUCCCGUGUGUAUCAAGAAUGGUCCACCACCCAAAGGACAUCCAGCCAACUUGACACAACUGUAGGAAACAUCGGAGUCAACAUGGGCCAGCAUCCCUGUAGAAUGCCUUUGACACCUUGUAGAGUCCAUGCCCUGACGAAUUGAGGCUGUUCUGAGGGCAAAAGGGGGGUGCAACUUAAUAUUAGGAAGGUGUUCUUAAUGUUUGGUAUACUCAGUGUAUAUUUCCAAUUGGUACUCCUCCCGUAACCGCUGUCUGUGUGUGUGUUCUCUCAGCCCGAGGGCAAAGAACAGUCCUUCUCAGAGACAGUGUUUCUGGAGGUGGUUCCGUCAAAGCGUAACCUGUCCAGACAGCUCCACUUCUCCUUCCCUCCAGAUGUGGUGCCAGGCAGCGAGAGGGCUCACGUGGCAAUGGUUGGUAUGUACCCUGCCCUACUGUAUACCAUCCAUCUUUUGUUUGUUAUCACCAACACAGCUCUGUUUAGUUUUGUCGUGAACUCAACCGCAGCAUACGCCCAUGUUUCAUUUUGUGUUUAGACAAUGGGCAUGAUGCAGGCACAUGAUUGUCCAGUAAAGAGCUGUCAUUUACCAUGUUGGGUGUUAGAUGAUGGAAACGGAAAUGAGGGCUAUCAAAACAAUAUUUGUGGCAAGCCGACUCCGAGCAGCUGCUGGGUUGUUUGUUAUCAUCACCAAUCAGGUCCAGAGAUGUUGGGUAUUUGUCAUGGUAGAAUACUAACCUAGAAAGUUUUUGCGUGUGGUGUUUACUGUACAGGGCAUCGUAAUCUUUUCUGAACACUAAGGUUCAUUUCUGUCUCUUCCUCUCUGUCCUUUGGCUCUCUGCCAUAUUUUUGUCUACAUUCACACCUUUUUCCUCCCUCUCUUCAAUCUGUCCAUCUCUCUCUCCCUCUGUUCUCACAUGUUCCACCCUCUCUUCAAUCUGUCCAUCUCUCUCUCCCUCUGUUCUCACAUGUUCCACCCUCUCUUUAAUCUGUCCAUCUCUCUCUCCCUCUGCUCUCACAUUUUCCUUCUCUCGGUUCAGGGUGCUUUGUCUGAAAUGUCCUCUGGCGAAAUUGUGAAUCUGUCUUCCAUCUCAAACCCAAUCCGUCUGUAUUACCACCACAAUGUUUGGGUUGUGUAACGUCUAAAUGGUUCCUCCCUUCCCUCCUUGUUUGUGGGGUGUGGUGUGACAGGUGAUAUCUUGGGCCUGUCCAUCACAGGGCUGGGCUUGCUGGUUAAGAUGCCUCACGGCUGUGGAGAGCAGAACAUGAUCAACUUCGCUCCCAACGUCUAUGUCCUGCAGCACUUGGUGAAAUCCAGCCAGCCAUACGAGGAGAUACGCAGCAAGGCUCUGUCAUACAUGAUGGAAGGUGAUGAACUUUCACACACACUGACUCCAUGCCCUAUAGUUCAGUAUGAUACUCAGUAUAAUAUAAUCAAUGCUCUAUAACUCUGUAUGAUUUUAGUAUAAUGUUGUCUCUUCCGAAGAGUUAUGUUCAUAUGUAGUAUGUUCUGUCAUUCCUGUUCAGGAUAUCAGAGAGAGCUGUCCUUCCAGAGAGAUGACGGAUCAUUCAGUGCCUUUGGAGCCAGCGACACUUCUGGUAGUACCUGGUAGGUCAUUAUAUAAUAAUGUAACUGUCAUAGCUGUGGUUCAGACUCAAGCCAAUAAUUUCAAAGUGUAUCCGUUCUCAAACUCUUCUCUCCCUGGUCCAGGCUGACAGCGUUUGUCCUGAGGUGUUUCUUGCAGGCCCGAUCCUUCAUGCAGAUUGACCAGACUGUUCUCUCCAGGGCCAUGGGCUGGCUGGUCCAGCAGCAGGGAUCCCAGGGAGAGUUCAUCGAGGUGGGCAGGGUCAUUCACACUGAGCUGCAGGGAGGCCUGGAUGGACCCAUCUCUCUCACCUCCUAUGUACUGAUGACACUGCUAGAGGACCAGGCCUAUGUGGUGAGGAGAACCAUGAUGAAAGCACAUUUUCUGUAGAAUCAUAGUGUGUGGAGGAAAGUUCAGUGAGUUUGAUACUCUCAAGUCUUUAAAGCAAAGUGUAAGCAGAAGAAGGUUGACAAUCUAAAAACUUGAGGAGUCUCAGCCUUGGGCCACCAUCUUGUCUCUCUUGAUGUGUCCCUGUCUCAUGCCAUCCUCCAUUCUUGUCUGUGUGUAGAGCAUGUUCCCGGGCAACGUGUCCCUGACCAGGAGCUAUCUGGAGGGCGAAGUGGCUAGUGGGGUGUCCAGUAACUACAGCCUGUGUCUGGUGGCAUACGCCCUGUCUCUGGCUAACAGUCUCAGCGCAGGCACAGCCCUGGUUGAGCUCAUGAGGAGAGCUGAUAUUCGAGGUAAUUUGUUAUUGAAUUAGCUAUGGUUGUUUACAAGUUGUCAAUAUGUGCCACAGAGAGAAGAUGGAUUACAGCCCAUGACAAAAUGUUGACAAUCAAUAUUGUUUUUGAGUGAUCAGUUGAGGAAACAGUAUGGUCAGUUGAGGAACAGUAUGGUCAUUUGAGGAACAGUAUGGUCUCAAUCAUCGACAUUGGUCUUAUAACGUACGUAAUGUGUACAUAGUGAUGAUGACAUCAGCCCAUCUACCUGUGAGACACUGUUUGACCUGGUGUCUGUUGCUGUCCCCUCCAGAUGGGGUCCAGACCUGGAGGUCGUCCAGUGCCGAGGUGUCUGACUCAUGGCAGCCGCGCUCAGCAGAGAUGGAGAUGGCUGCCUACGUGUUGCUGGCGCUAUACAUGCGGGCCAGUGUGGUGGAGGCCAUCUCCCUCAUGAAGUGGCUGAGCCAGCAGAGGAACCAUCUGGGGGGAUACGGGAGCACACAGGUAGACGCUAACUUCACAUACUGUAGAAGACCGUCUCUAGUCGCUCUAUCUUCAUGCCACUGUUUUUGUAUGACUCUCUGUCUUAAAGUUACCUUUUCACUGUCAAUAAGAUAGAUUUAUCCCUGAUGGGUGGAUUUCCAAAAUGAUACCACCUUUGACCCUUUCCUCUCUUAGGACACAGUGGUAGCCCUACAAGCCCUGUCUGUCUACGCUGCCUUCAGUGGGGCAGAUGCCAUUGAGCUGGGGGUCAAAGUGUCCACCUCAGUCUCACCUACAGUGUCCCACUUCAACAUCAACUCCACCAACUACCUGGUACAUCAGCGCAAAGAGGUAAAACAUUUGGCCAUAGUAGUCUUUGUCUAGUUCAAGAUGGUUGUUGCAUGCCAUAUUUCAACGAUCUAUCAUCUAACAGCAUACACAGGUAAACAGCCACCAUAAUGUAUAGUUUAAAGGCAGUACAGUAUUAACAGAGAUUUUGUAUUUUUCCAGGUAGACGCUGAACAAGAUUUACUCAUCAAUGUAUUUAUGGAGGGAAGAGGAUUCGUCUUAUUUCAGGUAUUGCCACUCAGUUAUCGCUGGAUGUCUAAAGUCAUAGCUAUGAAUCCCAUUUUCAAUUUGUGCUUGACAUUUAUGAUAUGUGAUGACAUAACUAUGUCAUAGAACAGUGGUUCCCAACCUUUUCCGGUUACUGUACCACCAACAGAAUUUUGCUCUGCCUGGAAUACCCCUGAAGUACCCCUUUAUGUGAAUUUUACCAGUAGGCCAAUGGUUUCAUGCGUCUUCUCAAGUACCCGCUGUGGAUAGACCAAGACCCCCAGGGGUCCUAGUACCCCUGUUUGGGACCCACUAUCAUAGAAUAAUGUAUAGGUAUGCUCAUACAGGCAAUGGAGGGGGCCUACAAUUAAUCCUACACUUCAGAUUGAAUGGCCAUACAUUAAAAUGGUUGUCUCCUCACUAGCUUUCCAUGUAAUCUCAGAACCAUGUCCAGAGUGAAUGAAGGCAACAGCUGUGAAUGAUAGAUCUGCCCGCCACAAUGCAGAAUGAACCCUGUGUUGAGACGGGUCAACACAAAAACGUGGUAAUUGACCACAAAUACGGCAAUUACCAUCUGGAACACAUAGCGUCCGGUCCAUGUUAAAUCGGCUCCGAUUGUAUCGCAGAGAGGAUAUGAUGGAAGGUCCUGCUUCCAACUGCCUUUAAUUUAUUCCUUUGUUACAGACCCCUUCUAAACAUCUUGUUACAGAGCCCCCCUUCUAAACAUCUUGUUACAGAGACCCCCCUCUAAACAUCUUGUUACAGAGACCCCCCUCUAAACAUCUUGUUACAGAGCCCCCUCUCUAAACAUCUUGUUACAGAGCCCCCCCUCUAAACAUUUAAAUUUUUUACGUUUACGUCAUUUAGCAGACGCUCUUAUCCAGAGCGACUUACAAAUAGGUGCAUUCACCUUAUAGCCAGUGGGAUAACCACUUUACAAUGUUUUUUUUUUUUUUGGGGGGGGGGGGGGGGGGGGGGGUGGUGGGUUGGGGUAAGGGGGUGGUAGAAGGAUUACUUUAUCCUAUCCCAGGUAUUCCUUAAAGAGGUGGGGUUUCAAAUGUCUCCGGAAGGUGGUGAGUGACUCCGCUGUCCUGGCGUCGUGAGGGAGCUUGUUCCACCAUUGGGGUGCCAGAGCAGCGAACAGUUUUGACUGGGCUGAGCGGGAACUAUGCUUCCGCAGAGGUAGGGGAGCCAGCAGGCCAGAGGUGGAUGAACGCAAUGCCCUCGUUUGGGUGUAGGGACUGAUCAGAGCCUGAAGGUACGGAGGUGCCGUUCCCCUCACAGCUCCGUAGGCAAGCACCAUCUUGUUACAGAGCCCCCCCUCUAAACAUCUUGUUACAGACCCCCAUAAACAUCUUGUAUACUCCUGAGUGGUGCAGUGGUCUAAGGCACUGCAUCGCAGUGCUAACUGUGCCACUAGAGAUCCUGGCUCGAAUCCAGGCUCUGUCGCAGCCGGCCGCGACCGGGAGACUCAUGGGCGGCGCACAAUUGGCCCAGCGUCGUCCAGGGUAGGGGAGGGAAUGGCCGGCAGGGAUGUAGCUCAGUUAAUAGAGCAUGGCGUUUGCAACGCCAGGGUUGUGGGUUCGAUUCCCACCGGGGGCCAGUAUAAAAAAUAAAAAAAGAUAUGUAUUCACUAACUGUAAGUCGCUCUGGAUAAGAGCGUCUGCUAAAUGACUAAAAUGUAAAAUGUUGUUACAGAGCCCCCCUCUAAACAUCUUGUUACAGAGCCCCCCCCCUCUAAACAUCUUGUUAGAGCCCCCCCCUCUAAACAUCUUGUUACAGAGCCCCCCCUCUAAACAUCUUGUUACAGAGCCCCCCCUCUAAACAUCUUGUUAUAGAGCCUCCCCUCUAAACAUCUUGUUAUAGAGCCCCCCCUCUAAACAUCUUGUUACAGACCCCCCUCUAAACAUCUUGUUACAGACCCCCCUCUAAACAUCUUGUUACAGAGCCCCCCUCUCUACAGCUUGUUACAGAGCCCCCCUCUCUACAGCUUGUUACAGAGCCCCUAUCUAAACAUCUUGUUACAGACCCCUUCUAAACAUCUUGUUACAGAGCCACUCUAAACAUCUCUCCAGCCCCAGGGAGCCCUUAUCUGCUGUGUUCCAUUGUGGAAUCAGUGAAAACAAAUCCACAGAGGAUUUGGCCAUUUCUUCAAACACGUUCUCAGAUUGACUGAAAAAACAUAGCUUUCUUGUUUUUGAAAUCUUAUCAAUUUAAUGAAGUUUAAUGUUGUUUUUUGUCUGUGGGAUUUAAAAAAAAAGUGUUUAAUUACAUUUUUUCAUUGUGAUUCUUUCUUUGUUCUGUCUCUGACCAGCUCUUUUGUUUAUUAUGGUAUUGUAGUUGCACAUAACAAGUCAUACAGUACUAUGUAUAGAAGAUGUUACUAUAGUAAUUACAAUGUAACUCAGAUAUACACCGACGUCUACCUCCUCUCCUGUCAUUCAGAUGAAUGUGUUCUACAACAUAGAGGACAGAGUGCUGUCUGAGAGGAGCCAAGAUGACACAGACCAUGAAGGUUUCUCUCUGGAUGUUGAAGUGUUAGAUGAUGAGGAUGACCUGGACCAUAUCAUGUUAUCCAUAUGCACCAGGUAAGUGUCCAUCUCUAUGGAGAUGUUUGGCUGACUUGUUUUCAACCAUUCUUUGUCUCUUGCAGGCAUCAAGACGUGUUCCUAAUUUGAGCCACUAUUCUCAAUUUGUCUAGACAGUUGUAUGUGUUGAUAAAUGUCUGAUGGAAAUAUGUUCAUAUAAUCAUGUAUUUGUUCAUAUAAUCAUGUAUUUGUUCUGUGUUAGGCUGCUGGAGAGCCAGAAGAUGGCUCAGACAGGUAUGGUGCUGGUGGAUGUGGAUGUGCUGAGUGGCUUCACCCUCAUGCCACAGGCUGUUGCCACGGGAGACCUGGUCAGAAAAGUUGAGGCUUCUCCUGGGAAAGUCAGCCUCUAUUUAGAUUCAGUAAGUUGACUUUACAUAUUGUACAUCUCAUGUUCAAAUACAAUAGCAUUGAUGUUUGAGGUGGAAUUGAGGAAAUACACAUUGUAUUUGCUGUAUGUUGGAAAAUUAAUUUGUGUCAUCUAUUGAUUGUGUAGCUAAUUCAUGACUUUUAUUUGCAGUUGACCACAACAGAGGUGUGCAUCAGAAUCCCAAUGAUAAGAGUCUUCAAAGUGUCACAUGUGCAAGAUGCUGUGGUUCAGGUGUACGACUACUAUGAACCAAGUAAGUACCUUUACUAUCACAGCAGACAAUCACUAAUGCGUAGACUCAGUCUCUCUUGUUAUCAAUACAAUAUUUAUCAAUACAAUAUUUCCCUCUUCGAUAUCUUAUAGGGCGUAAAGCAGUGAGGUCCUACAACUCGGAUGUGAUGCAGGACAUGGGCUCCUGUGCCUUCUGUGGGAGUGACUGC